AAACUUGGGCACCAAGAUAAAAGAAGAAACCAGGAAGCUCUGAGUUCGGAGAUGGGGAAUCCGAAGCUGAAAUGGACGCCGGAAGAGGAAAAAGCGCUCCGGGACGGUGUAGCUAGACACGGCGUCGGAAAGUGGAAAUCUAUUCUGAGUGAUCCUCUCUUCAACCACCUCCUCUUUGCUCGCUCCAACAUAGAUCUCAAGGAUAAAUGGCGGAACAUGAGUGUAGCUAUUGGACCCAGAGAUAAAUCAACGACGCAAAAAUGGAUGUUCGGUCCCGCCGAUUCCCCUGCUACUUCACUGCCUACCGCUCCGACCUCUUCAUUCAUCGCUCCAUCUUCACAAGAUGCACCGACAGACACAUUGAUGUUAGAUUCUUCGAAACCCUUACCCGGAGGAACCAAUGCUAGCAAGUACGAUCCCUUGAUAUAUGAUGCAUUGUCUAAUCUUAAAGAGCCGAAUGGAUCGGAUUUGGUUGCAAUUGCUACUUACAUUGAGCAAAUCUACGAGGUGCCGCAGACUUUCAAAAAGAAUUUGCGUUCUAGAUUAAACUGCCUUGUGAAAGAAGGCAAACUUGAAAAGGUUGGUAAUUGCUUCAAAACUAAAAGGGAUGAUGAUGCAGUAGUGGAGUCGAAAAUCCCAGCUGAAGCUGAUGAUGAGAGCAUGGAUUAUCUCGGAGAUACAGUUGAAGAAGCAUGUCGUAUUGCUGCUCACAGAAUUGCAGAAGCUGAAAACAAGUCGUACGCGGCUGCUGAGGCAUUCAAAGAGGCAGAAAGGCUUUCUAUCUUGGCUGAAGAAGCAGACGUACUCGUCCAGGCACUCGCUGAGCUUGUUCAACAAUAUAGUGAUUAAAGAGAUAUAUAUAUAUAUAUAUAUAUA